GACAGAUCCCUCUCUACUUCUCCCUCUCCCCUAUACACUAUUCUGUUCGCUUUGCUGAUUUUGUGGCGGAGCCAGUGCUUUCACUCUCCUCCUCCUCCUCCUCAAGCGUUGGCAAUCGAUUAUAGAUUUGUUUGUGGAGAGAAUUGUGGUGUUUUGUUGAAAAUUAUUGGAAUGAAGUCUAAGAAGACUUCGGGAAACAAGGAGGAGGGUGUUUCGGGAUGUGCUAAAAUGGCCAUUGAGGAGAAGGCUGGUUCCUUGUGUAAUUCAUCUGAGGAGCGUGCCUCUGGUCACAUUAGGGAAUUGGAUGAUCGCAUUUCAGGAAAUGAUAAGAGAAAUAAUGAAGCUGGGGGAAGUAGUGGAAGUGAGAUAAAGGAUGAUGAUCUGCAGGUUUAUGUGGGGGUUUCUGAAUCCGACCAAGGAAUCGAGGAUGGGAAGGUUCGGGAAUAUAAGAAGAGAUGUGGCACAUUGCAGUGUUCUGAGCCUAGAUCUCCGGAAACAAUAGAUGUUUCUGGAAAGGGCUUUAAUUUGUUUGUCGAAGUUUUUGGUCCGUUAGAUGGAAUAUCUGACAGUGAUCGUUUUCGUGAGCACGUGUCAGAAGGCGGUGAUUCAAAUAAGGAAUGCUCGAUCAAAGAGGAUGGAGAUUUGUCCACUUGUGUUAAAAACAAAAGUGAAGAGGAAGGUGUUGUCGGAGAGCAAGAAUCGGCAUUUAAUGUGAAUAGUUUGGUGUGGAUUAAAACCAAAUCCAGCCUGUGGUGGCCAGGGAUUGUGUUCGAAGCUUCUGAACCUGCGAACAACGUGGAAAAAUCUGAAAAGUGGGCUGACUUCCAUGUUAGGUUCUUUGGAAAUGCAAAUUCUGUUUGGUGCAGUAAUUCCGAAUUGAAGCCUUUCGUUGAUUACUUUGACCAGAUGUCAAGACAGAUCGAAGGUAGAAACUUUGUUGGUUCGGUAGAGAAGGCUGUGUGUGAGAUUGGUCAGCGUGUGAGGUUGCAGAUGACUUGCCGCUGUUUCUUGAAAGAAGGCCAAACAUUUUCUCUUCAGUUACCAUUGGAAAGUAAAGACAAUAAGUACAUCAACAAUGCUUUGUCAUUGUCACAGUUUCAGCCAGCAAGAUUUGUUGCAGAAAUCCGAAAUCUUGCCGUGUCUGUCAAUCCACCUGGUAGAAUUGAGCUGACAGUAAUGAAAAGUCGAAUCUCGGCGUAUUACUGUUCAACUGGCCACCUUGAAUUACCCGUACAACUAGUUAAAUCAAGCGAAGAUGCUGCAAAGAAUUUGCAGGAUGGGUUGGCGCAAGAAGAGACGAAUGAUGACCAUAAGAAGGCUUCUAGACAGCGGAAGAAAUCUGUAAAGACCAGUGAUGGCAGUCGUUAUCCACUGAGGAGAGGGAAAAGGAACUGUGGUGAAGAAGAUCGAGCUCAUACUGGCAAAGUAACUUCAUCUGGUAAAGCCAAUGAAUCCCGGGAAAGAAAGAAGAGCAAGUACUUGUCGUAUCCUUAUGUUGAUGUCAACAACAAGAAAAUUGCGAAAUCCAACGAGGAGGAAAAAGCAGAUGAACCCGAGAUUAAUUCAAGUGCCUCAACCAAAUCGACUCCACGAGGAAGAUCAAAUGGCGCGACAUCUGGGAAAAGAGGAUCUAAGAAGCCUCCCAACUUCUGUUUCAUAUGCAGUGAAGUAGGCAAUAUUACAGCCUCUUCAUCCGAAUUGCUGAGUCAAUUGAAGAGAACAGCUCGUGGUUGUAUUCUAAUCACUGGAAGCGAGCAGGAUGAUUCGAUGAAGAGAUUUGUAACUGGCUUCAGAACUGCUCCGUGGCUUACGGCUGUUAAAGCAAGAAAACCAUCCGUGACCAAGGAGAAACCGAGUGAUUCCAAAAACCUGGCUGGAGCUGGAGUAUUGCCGGAAAAAAUUAAAGAGGCGGGAGCCUCCGAAAAGAAGAGAGUUUAUCGUAAAUCUGUCAAGAAGACUGGAGAGUCUGUUGACGACCGAGUCUCCAAAACUAAUGAUCCGGAACUGAAUGGAAAUGGAAAGCGUAGGAGGGCGAAGAAGAAGGAAAAGAUUAUCCCGGCAGUGCAGCAGUCUGCAAACAGUUUUGUCGGCACAGAUGUGAAAGAUGAUAAUCCCAACUUCUCCGGUACUAUUAGCUUCCAGCCGGCUAGCUCGGAUCUACCUGAAAAUGAAUCUGCACCUAAGAAAAGAAAUGUUCACGGCAAACAGCCUACAGGCACCUUCGAUGAUAAAGCUAACCCCAAUAGCUCGAGCUUGAUUAGCUUCCAGAAGAGUUCCCCAACCGCGCCUGAAAUUGGAACUCUACCUGAAAAAAGUGAGGAAUGUAGCGAGGAGCCAACAAGAAUUUCUGUAGUCGAAGAUGCAAAAGAAAUUCCUGAUAAAUCGUGCGUCGUCGGCUUCCAGCAGACUCCCUCAGAUGUGACCAAAACUGAAAAAAAUACACCCGAGAAGGCAGAGGGGUCCGAUGCGCAUCCUAAGAGAAGCAAAGUUGCCGAACUGCCAGAUUUAAAUGGGAACCAACCCGUCGAGCCGGUCAACGAAAUUCCAUCGGGAGGGGCUGCCAAUCAUGGCUAUCAUUUCGCUAAUUUUAUCGGAAGCCAUCAAAGUUUCGGACGAUCUCCUUAUCAUAGCAUGCCUCCUGGGAUGGAAGGAUUAGUCCCGAUAAAUUUGGGCAUUGCUCAGCCGCCACCGGUAGCCAAGAAUCUUCCGAAUCCCAACAUUCGAUCAAGCCGGAUGAAUUUUUUUCAGAAUACCGAAUUUUCAGCCGGAGGUCGCGACCCCAAUGCGAAUGCUAAUACGAGGAUAAUUUCAUUUGGUUCGCCUCCAGUUCCAGUGAUCGGCACGACAUCUGAUGGCAAAAAAACAGAAAUCAAAGAAAGAAAACGAAAACAAAAGACUCAGCAAGGCGCUUUGGUUAUUCCGAAUCUGAAUGCGAAUGUUUCAGAUACCGGCUUGUUGGGAAACACCGUUCCAGAGGGAAUUCCGAUAUUACCUGAAGGUACGCCGCAGCAGAAGAGGGGGAAAGUUAAGCCCAGCGCCGAAUCAGGUUCGAGUGCGAAAAUCAACGAAGAUCCCGGAGGCAGUAUUCUCCUCAACUUCGUCGCGGAAUCUACUCUGCCCGCAAAAGAAACACUCGUUGCUAAUUUUUCGCGAUAUGGGCUGUUGAAGGAGUCCGAGAUUCAGAUCAACGACGAUUCCAGUGUGCAGAUUGUUUACGAAAGGAGCUCGGAUGCGAAAUUCGCAUUCAGAAGUUUGGAGAGAAGCAACCCGUUUGGAGAAGCUCUUUCGAGCUUCAAUCUUCAUUGCUCGCAGGGUGCUCCGAAGGCACCAUUGAAAAAAAAGAACUUUCAGAUGCCUAAACCUGUUUUGCCGACUCAAGUGCGACAGAAUAAUCCGGUCAGGGCUACGGAGACACCUGACAUUGCUGUAAUGCGACAGAAUGUCGAGAUGAUGAAGGUGACUCUGGAGAGAGCCGGGGAUACUAUUUUGCCGGAAAUGCGAGCGAGGCUGGAGACGGAGAUCCAUAAUUUUCUCAACAAAAUCAAUAACAUGGGCAGCUCUUCGUCGUAGGUUCAGGUACAAAAGCUAUUCGUUGUUUUUUUAAUCCUACCGUAGCUCCCGGUGCUAAAACUAUUCGUAUUUAUUUGCACCUUUGCGGAGCUUGUUCGACAAUUGUUUGGUGUUUUAUGGAGGAUAGGAUCGAUCGAUUUUUGUUGUUAUAAUUUAGUCUUUUUAACUUGGAUUAUGAUGCUAUUCUCUGUUAUUGAAUGUUGGGAAACUAUUAACUGCAUUUUUGCUAAUAACAUUAGGACGUAUUUAUUCAUGAUCGCCGUCGCUUGAAUUACUUGUUUAGAUUGAUCGUGCGUUUCUUUGUUUGAGCGUAGCGCGAUGGAUUAUACUCGUGUAGUUGAGAUUAGUACAUUUUUGUUUGUUAUUCGAGCGUUUGGCAUGUUGCAUUGUCGAUAUUUGGCGCGACAGUUCGUUGGGUAGGAAGGUAGGUAGUUUAUCACAUGCUAAUAAGCUAUGCAUUUGAGACUUGUUCGACA